CUUCCCAUACCGGAAAUAAAUAAACGUACAGAAAAGAAAAUGUGCACAAGAGAAAAUCUGAAUAAUUUGUGAACAGAAAAAUAAACAAAAAUGCCAGCGCUUGAAGUGCUACGGCCGGUUAUUCCGGAUGGACAAAUUGAUAUUGAGCAAGAAAAGGUCCCUCCACCGUCAAAACCAGUGAUUGGGAUCAUUUAUCCUCCACCAGAAGUGAGAAACAUUGUUGAUAAAACUGCUAGCUUUGUUGCCAGAAAUGGACCAGAGUUUGAGAAUAGAAUUCGACAGAAUGAAGUUAAUAAUCCCAAGUUUAAUUUUUUGAGUGAAAAUGAUGCCUACCAUGCCUAUUAUCAACAUAAAGUUAAAGAAUUUAAGGAGGGGAGAGGUCAAGAACCCUUAGCACCAAAGCCCGGGGGACAGUCGUUGGCACGGCAACCACAAGAACAAACAAUCAAGCUAGCGGAAGUAUUUGUACCUAAAGAACCUCCACCUGAAUUUGAAUUUGUAGUAGACCCACCUUCAAUAUCAGCAUAUGAUCUGGAUGUGGUCAAAUUAACAGCACAGUUUGUGGCUAGAAAUGGACGUCAAUUUCUUACAACUGUAAUGCAGAGAGAACAGCGUAAUUAUUUAUUUGAUUUCCUUCGACCACAGCACAGUUUAUUCAACUACUUUACGAAACUCGUUGAACAGUACACAAAGAUACUUAUUCCUCCCAAAAAUCUACGGGAAAAGUUGGCCAAGGAAUCGGAAACAUAUAAACAUGUUUUAGACCAAGUGAAAUACAGAGUAGAAUGGGCUAAACAUCAGGAUAGAGAAAAGAGAAAGGAGGAGGAAGCAGUUGAAAAAGAAAGGGUGGCAUACGCAUCUGUUGACUGGCAUGAUUUUGUUGUUGUUGAAACAGUUGAUUUUCAACCUAACGAACAAGGAAAUCUUCCACCUCCGACAACACCAGAUGAAGUUGGAGCUCGAAUGUUGGCACAGGAGAGAUUAGUUAAAAAGACUGUAGAUCCAGAUGAGAUGGAUGUAGAAUCCGAUGAUGAAUCGGAUGAUGGUAGUCAGGUAGCCGAAGAUGAACCCAAAACUCAGACUGUAGUUGAAGGUUCUGCUGGAGAAUCGGAAGACGAAGAAGAUGAGGAAGAGAAUAUCAGAAUGCGUCGUCCAGCACCCCCUCCCCCUCCACCUCCUCCUCCUUCAGAUGCCCCUCCAAUGCCACCUACACCUGGUUCAGUCAUCAUCAAGAAAAAUUACGAUCCCAAAGCAAGAGCCGUUACUGGUGAACAGCCGUCAGAUCAGUUUAUGAUAUCACCUAUUACUGGUGAGAAGAUUCCAACAGAUAAAGUACAUGAACACAUGAGAAUUGGGUUAUUGAAUCCUAAGUGGAUAGAAGAUCGACAGAGAACAUUAGAAGAGAAGAGAGAACAAGAGGAAGUUUAUGCUGCUGGAUCAUCUAUUGAUAUUAACUUAAAACAACUGGCUGAAAGACGUACUGAUAUUUUUGGUAUUGGUACAGAAGAAACACAGAUUGGUAAAAAGAUUGGUGAAGAAGAACAGAAAGAUAGGAAGAUAGUAUGGGAUGGUCAUACAGCUUCUAUGGAGAAAGUCUCACAAAAAGCCAGAGAGAAUAUAUCUAUUGAAGAACAGAUUGCUACCAUUCAUAAAGUUAAAGGCUUAUUACCAGAUGAAGAAAAGGAAAAAAUUGGACCGGCCAUGCCUAAAAAUUCACCAGCACCACCACCACCAAAACGGCCACCUCCUCCUAACACUCAGCCACCACCCCCUUCACAACCAGCUCCCCCUCGACAACCACCUGCUCCCAGACCGCCUAUGAUGCAGCAUCAACCAAUGAUGCAACCCAAUGUUAUGGUUCUUCAGCAGAGACCACCCAUGCCUAUCAUCGGUAUACCAGGACCUCCCCCAAUGGUACGACCUCAGAUGGGCAUGCCCCCAAAUCCUCAACAAUUUCAUCGACCUCCAGCAAAUGUUCAGCCACCUCCACCACCUAAGCCAAGUGAUGAUGAACCUCCAAACAAGAAAGCCAAGACUGAGGAUAAUUUGAUACCUGAACAGGUGUUCUUGAAGAAGAAUAAGGGUCCUGUGAAGAUUUCUGUUUCAGUACCUAAAGUGGCUGAUAAACCAGAAUGGUCUCUUAAUGGACAGAAAUUAGAAUUUACAUUACCUUUAACAGAUUCGGUGUCUGUAAUUAAAGCUAAGUUGAAUGAAGCCCUGGGUAUGCCGGCUGGUAAACAAAAGUUACAAUAUGAUGGUAUAUUUAUCAAAGAUUCGAACACACUUGCAUUUUAUAAUUUUAAUAAUGGAGCCACCGUAGACUUACAAGUCAAAGAAAGAGGAGGAAGAAAAAAAUAAACCGAAUAUUUGACACUGUAUAGAAAACAAUUUGGUCUGUGAAUAUUGAAUAAAGUGCUUAGAGAACUUGACCAAAUAUCACAUGACAUUUACAAUGUGACUGAAAUUUUAACAAAGAUAAAUCAAUCGAUAAAUAUUUUAAAUAUUUUCAUUGUCGCAUAAAAUAUAGUGUUUCAUUGUAGCUGGGAGCAAUCUGAUUAAAAUACCCAUCUAUAUUUCAUUUCAUUUUUUUUAUACUUUCGAUGGCCUCUACUACAUGAAGAUCUGGCAAGUUGUACUGGAAGGUUGUGUCAGGGGUCAUAUGGGCAGCUUUUGACCCUACGACGUCAGACAUUGAUUAAUCAGAGUUGACGUUUCUAGUGGUUACCCACAGUUCUGUGCACUGCACGCCAAGAACUCGCCAUAACAGACUGUUUCAUUGGCUAAUCCCUCACAUUCAGAAUGAAGGUUAUAUAACAACUCUUCCAGAUCCCAGUGUAGAAAAGAGAAGUAAAAUGAAACUUUGAACUAUAAAAAACGAAAUGAAAUAGGAUCUGUGUUUUAAUCUGAUUGAGCUGGGGGUGUUUUAUGAGGUUUAUAUCAUUGACACUGGUGGUGAAACCUUCAAAGUUUUGAGAUAGACGGACAAUUGUUGUUGUUGAAAUAAUGUACCGGUAUACGUUAUUAGGGUUUGUGAGUUAGUACCAUCCAGUACCUAAUGAUCCAGUAAUAGAACACAUAAAUUCCUUUAAUGUUUUAAUAGAGAAUUUAAAUUCACAUCUUAUUGUCAUUAAUUCUGCAACAUUUAAUUGCAUCUGCCUGCUAAGAAAAUAUAUUUCUUGUUUAGUAAAGAAUCAUGAGACAAUCAAUGUAUAAAAAUUGUUCAAAUUGUACUCAAUAGUUUUAUUUGAUCAUUUGUCAAUGCUGUAGGGAUUUAAAACGUCAAUAAAAUUUAUAGAAAUAAA